CCAUCAUCUCUUCAACCCCCUUUCUUCCGGAAUCGUUCCCUUCCUGCACACUCCCUCUCGGCAUCUGCCCCUCGCAUCCAUCCUGCGAUGUCCUCUCGGCUACCGCAUCGCCCAGAGCUCGCCUCCCCACACACUCUGUUCGCAGCUGCCACCGCCGAACACUUUCUGGCCCGCCGGUCUACCAAUGAGCUCGAUGCGGACUUCUGGUUCACGUUGGCUGGUGUCAUUAUCGGCGGCCUCGUCCUUGGCGUGGGCAUCUUUCUGCUGUCGGUGCAUCUGUUCUUCCGAGAGCCUUCCAACAAACUCCCGGAUGCUCAAGGCCAUGGUUCGCAACUCAACUUGACUCAUCCAGCCAACAGCGCCCCAUUCGAUGCUCUCCCCACCAACUCCUCGCUCAGCCCAAGCGCAUCAUGCUCCUCGCGCCCUUCCAUCAUCGCCAACGCAGCAGCGCCCGCCGAUAUCCCCCUAUAUAUCGAUCCAAAAGCACCUUACAGCCACCUCAUACCUUCGAGCAAUGAUAACACCGAUGUCGGGCCCAUUCCACUUCAUACCAUCCAAGCCAUCGCUCCCUCCUCUGGCAUUCAGCCCAACUCCGGCCUAACCUCAUCUUCUCAACCCGGCUUCUCGGCUGACUCUGCAUCGAAAGAGCCGCAAGCAGGCACCUCCCUGGCCGAGGCGAUAUCGUCAGGUCGACCGCGGAUGCGGGAGUCCAUGAGGCACCCGACGUCGCCUGGCCUCCCUGCAGCGCUCGUCAUGGCUUCGCUCCAUCAAUGUCCCAUCAUCACCUUUCCGCCAGCUGCGUUUGCGCAAGUGCUCGACCCGAGUUCCAGAGUUGUCGAUGCCGAGCCCAUGCCGGCGCAGUCUCCUCCGAGCCCAGCAGCUCUGGCGGAUCCGCUUGGUCUUUCAGUGCUCUCGAUACACCCGAGUGGACCCGAUAUCGUCCCAGCCUCGGUCGCUGCCAACCUCUAUGGGUCAAGGUUUACACCCGCAGUCAAUUCCGGAGCCCCACCGCUGCCAUACCACACACAAGCAACCCCGUCAGUGGGCGAGCCUGGCGUUGAUCGCUUUAAUUUCAGCUUUGCGAGGGAUUCGGCCGACUCCAACUUACUUUCAUCUCCUCGACCAAGUGACAGCAAGCAGUCGCACGAUGAAAGCGCUCAUGCUGCACUCACCGAGAUCACUACUGCCUUGGAUCGAGAGCGGGCUUGGCUGCCGCUGGACUUGCAUGACCCACUCGCACCAACAUCCCUGCACCCACCCUCCAGUUUCGAGCCCUACCCUGCUGACGCCCAGAUCGAUGGGUGGCUUGGACACCAGAACAUCUCCGAAGCAACCGCACCGCAGCGGGUCACAGCCUCCUCGCCGGUUGGCGUGCACGAGGAAUUACUCGUCGCCAAGAAGGAUUACAACCCCGCGCACGACUCGGAGGUCUCACUCAAGAAAGGCGACGUCGUGCGGGUAGCUUGCUCGAUCGAUGAACGGUGGGUGAUGGUCGUCAAGGAUCAAGUUCCAGGCCGAGUCCCAUGGGAGUGCUUGGGUCCCAUCGCGAGCUGACGAGCAGCAGGCGCCUUGAUGAAAGAAAUGUGCUCGUAAAAUGCAGCAGGAUAUCAUGCUCUCGAAGCUGGUACUUGUCUGGUUCUGGAACCCAUAUACACCUUCGUCCAUACCA